AUGAGGGUGGUGAAUGCGUUGAUGGUGGCUCGCAUGUUGACACGGGAUCACCCGCUCCCGAUGCUUGGCAAUGAAAACAUACCCUUUGGAUCGGUUUGGUGGUUCAUUUAUGCUGGAAUCUCGUGUUUGCUUGUCCUCUUUGCCGGCAUCAUGUCCGGUCUCACCCUCGGUCUCAUGUCUCUUGGUCUUGUCGACCUUGAGAUUCUGGAGCGGAGUGGUUCUCCUGCUGAGAAAGCGCAAGCUGCUAUUAUACUUCCUGUGGUGAAAAAACAACAUCAGCUUCUUGUCACUCUUCUCCUCUGUAAUGCUGUUGCCAUGGAGGCUCUGCCGUUAUACCUAGAUAAACUGUUCAAUCAGUUUGUUGCUAUCAUUCUCUCUGUAACUUUCGUUCUGUUUUUUGGGGAGGUUAUUCCACAAGCAAUUUGUAGUAGAUACGGUCUUGCUGUAGGUGCCAACUUUGCAUGGCUAGUGCGGAUUUUAAUGAUUAUCUGUUACCCUGUUUCUUAUCCUGUUGGAAAGGUGCUGGAUUACCUCUUGGGGCAUAAUGAGGCUUUAUUUAGGCGAGCUCAGUUGAAAGCCCUUGUCUCCAUUCACAGCCAGGAGGCUGGGAAAGGUGGUGAGCUUACACAUGAUGAAACAACAAUUAUCAGUGGAGCACUUGAUUUGACUGAAAAGACUGCUGAGGAGGCUAUGACUCCUAUUGAAUCAACAUUUUCUUUGGAUGUUAAUUCAAAAUUGGAUUGGGAGGCAAUGGGAAAAAUUCUUGCUCGCGGGCACAGCCGAGUUCCUGUCUAUUCUGGAAAUCCAAGGAAUAUCAUUGGACUUCUAUUGGUCAAAAGUCUUCUCACUGUACGACCAGAAACAGAGACACCCGUCAGUGCUGUAUCCAUCCGGAGAAUUCCACGGGUUCCAUCAGAUAUGCCUCUCUAUGAUAUACUUAAUGAGUUCCAGAAGGGAAGUAGUCAUAUGGCUGCUGUUGUUAAGGCUAGGGGAAAAGGCAAAGAAACACCACAAAUAAUUGAUGAGGAGAAAAAUGAAGAUAACAAAAGCAUUAAUAGGGAUUCACAUUUGACGACUCCCUUGCUACUAAAGCAGGAUGCAAAAUCAGGAAAUGUUAUUGUUGACAUUGUCCUACCUUCAAAGCCUUCCAGCAAUAAUAAGCUGACUGGUUCGCAACGUAGUGAUAGCACAACAAAUGGUCCCUCUUCAGAAAAUAUUGAAGAUGGUGAAGUGAUUGGUAUUAUCACUUUGGAAGAUGUAUUUGAAGAACUUCUGCAAGAAGAAAUUGUUGAUGAGACAGAUGAAUAUGUCGAUGUUCAUAAAAGAAUACGUGUUGCUGCAGCUGCAGCUGCUUCCUCAGUGGCCCGAGCACCGUCAUCACGAAGGUUGACUAAGGGAGCAGGAAUCCAAAGUAAGUCUGGGCACACUCCGAGAAAAUCUGGUGAGGAAAAUGGAUUUAAUUCUACAAAGCAUUGA